AUGGGAGGAGUAACUUCAUCAAUCGCUGCUAAAUUCGCUUUUUUCCCACCAACACCACCGUCUUACGGUUUGAUUACCGACGAUAACAAAUCCGUUGACCGAUUGUACAUAACCGAAGUUCCUCGCCGUGAUGAUGUUGAUGUUUUGAAGCUACGGACUCGUCGUGGUAACGAGAUCAUUGCGAUUUAUGUUAAGCAUCCUAAAGCUAAUGGUACGCUUUUGUAUUCACAUGGUAACGCCGCUGAUUUAGGUCAGAUGUUUGAGCUUUUCGUUGAGCUUAGCAAUCGUCUUCGUGUUAAUCUCAUGGGGUAUGAUUACUCUGGUUAUGGUCAGUCUACUGGAAAGGCGAGCGAAUGUAAUACGUACGCUGAUAUUGAUGCAUCGUAUAACUGUCUCAAGGAACAGUAUGGGAUAAAAGAUGAUCAACUGAUAUUAUAUGGUCAGUCUGUUGGUAGUGGACCGACAAUUGAUUUAGCUUCACGGACACCUAAUUUAAGAGGGGUUGUUUUGCACAGCCCUAUUCUCUCUGGGAUGAGAGUUUUGUAUCCAGUUAAACGAACAUAUUGGUUUGACAUUUACAAGAAUAUCGACAAGAUCAGUGCAGUUACCUGUCCUGUCUUAGUAAUCCAUGGAACUGCAGAUGAAGUAGUUGAUUGGUCUCACGGAAAACAACUUUGGGAACUUUCGAAAGAGAAGUAUGAACCAUUAUGGGUAUCUGGAGGAGGGCACUGCAAUCUAGAACUCUAUCCAGAGUUUAUAAAACAUCUGAAGAAAUUCGUAAUAUCUAUUUCCAAAACCAAAGGACCAAGAAACAGUUCGAACAAGACCGCUGCAACGGAUGCAACCAAAAACGAGAGCAAACCUACAGAGAACGGACGUGCUGAAACGUUUCAACUUGGCUGCUGCCUUCCGGAAAUUUCUAGAAACAGCGUAGACAGUCAGCUGGAGAAAUCUAAGAAGACUAGUAAACCUGAGAAGUCUCGGAUGAGCGUUGAUAGGUUUAGAAGGAAAAAAGGUCUAGUCUGGUGA